CCUAGGCUGAUUCUGUUAGGGAAGAUGAGAGGGUGGGAAUUAAGAUAGAAUUGAGAAAGGGAGAGUGGUAAUCUCUCAAACACUACCAUAUUAUUUUUUGUUCUCUGGGGAAGGGGUGAUUUCACAAUCAUUCAUUCCUACCUCAGAUCUUCUAGUUCUAUUGUUUUCUUUCUAUUUCUUGGGUACCAGUUGUUACAGUAUCAUGUUGAAUUAUAUUGAACAAUAUAAUAGGUUUAUGGGCCAUUGCAUUUUGUUAAUUGUGAGAUAAUGAAAGGCCGUUUUUGCUUGAGAGAACUAGGGAAUUGAAGGGAGGUGAAGCAAACUGAUGGAGAAGGGUGGGCCUUUUGAAAGGUGCAAAUUCUAUUGGGUCUGAGCUGCUUCCAACUCGGAUUUGGAAGAACAAGGAAGGUGGUUGGUCUAAGCCACAAGCACCUCUCACAAGAAGAAUUGCAGCAGUGCAGCUGCAGAGUUCUCUACUUCAAGUGUGGCGAGGUUUGGGGACGAGAUCACUUUUUCAAGCUAAUUAAUGCUUGUUGAGUGUCCCAAAGAGGAACCCGAGGAAGGUAGAGUAGUCAAUCUUGUGAGACCUGUGGGGGAUUGCGAGAUCCCAUCCCAUCAAAGAGAAAACCUAUGACUAGAUCAAAUAAGAUCUCGGAUCAUUCAUCACAUUCAUCGCAGCUGGGAUCGCGGCCUUUCUCGACAAAACUCAUUAAGAUAUUGCGCAGAGUGCCAAAUCCCCAUUUUGCCCCCAUAUGCAGCUUCAACGAUGGCUCUUGAGAUUGCUUGCAGAAGAAUCUGAUGAUGGUUCUUCUGAAAGGUCAGAUCAAGAACUUGCUUUAUCAAAAGUUGUUGAUGGUAUACUACUUGGCAUGGAAGAAAAUUUAAGCUCUUCCAAGGCUAAAAGGGGAAAGCUUAUCGAAUAUGAGCUUCAUUGUCGUGAGAAAUUUUCAUCUGCCGAUGUUAAUCCUAAUUCUGAAAAGAUAGAUGUGCCAUUCGAAGCUCAGAAGAACACUACCCCUUCUGUUGAUUGUAAAGAUUCCCAGGGGUUUGUCCAUAGCCAAAUUGAUGAGAAACCAAUUGAAGAGGUGACGAUGCUUAGUGAUCAAAGAAAAGUGACUGUUCUCUAUGAACUUCUUUCAGCUUGUCUUUCAGAUUUAGGUGAAGAUAACAAGAGAUAUACACGGAGAAGAAAAGGUUAUGAUGCUCGACAUCGUGUGGCUCUGCGGUUGCUGGCAACUUGGCUUGAUGUCAAGUGGACAAAAAUGGAGUCCAUUGAGACCAUGGUUUCAUCUGCGGCAAUGGCUAUAAUUAAAGAACAAGAAUCCAAAAAAGAAGAAACUCAAUUAAAUGAAAGCAAGUGGGCUAAAUGGAAGCGUCGUGGGAUUAUUGGUGCUGCUGCUGUAACUGGGGGAACUUUGUUGGCUGUUACUGGUGGGUUGGCCGCACCAGCAAUUGCUGCAGGACUAGGUGCUUUGGCCCCAACUUUGGGUACUCUGAUCCCUGUAAUUGGAGCAAGUGGAUUUGCUGCAGCUUUUAGUGCUGCAGGAACUGUUGCUGGUUCUGUUGCUGUUGCUGCAUCAUUUGGAGCUGCGGGAGCUGGACUUACUGGAAGCAAAAUGGCUAGGAGAGUUGGUGGUGUUGAAGAAUUUGAAUUCAAAGCUGUAGGAGAAAACCAUAAGCAAGGUAGGCUAGGUGUGGAGGUCAUGGUCUCUGGAUUUGUUUUUGAGAAGGAAGACUUUUUAAGGCCAUGGGAAGGACAGCAUGACUACUCAGAGAGAUAUGCACUGCAGUGGGAGUCCAAGAAUCUGAUUGCCGUGAGCACUGCAAUUCAAGAUUGGCUUACUUCAAGACUUGCAAUGGAGUUGAUGAAACGAGGGGCAAUGAUGACUGUUCUGAGCACACUUUUAACUGCAUUGGCUUGGCCUGCCGCGUUACUUGCAGCGACUGAUUUCAUAGAUAGUAAAUGGACAAUUGCUAUCAACAGAGCAGAUAAAGCAGGAAAGUUGCUUGCUAAAGUCUUAUUAAGUGGAGUACAUGGAAAUAGGCCUGUGACACUUGUAGGUUACUCACUCGGAGCAAGAGUUAUUUUCAAGUGUCUCCGGUAUUUGUCCCAGACAGAAAACAGUGCCGAAAUAGUAGAAAGAGUUGUUCUUCUUGGAGCACCAAUCCCAAUCAAGGACGAAAACUGGGAAGCUGCUAGAAAGAUGGUAGCAGGAAGGUUUAUAAAUGCUUAUUCAAGGAAUGACUGGAUGCUUGGAGUUGCCUUCCGCGCAAGCCUACUAACGAAAGGAUUAUCUGGAAUCCAACCGGUCAAUAUACCUGGGAUCCAAAAUGUCGAUGUCACAAACCACAUUGAAGGCCAUUCUUCUUAUCUGUGGGCAACCCGUCAGAUCAUCGAUGAUCUUCAAUUGGAUACGUACUAUCCCGUUUAUAACAACAUUCUUUGUAUAUCUUGAAAUCCCCCUGCCGUUGUGGAUCCCAAAAUGGGAGGAAAAGAAAAACUAAAGCAGAAAAAUCACAACCAUUCAGGUGCUCUACUUCUCUGUAUAUCAUAGUUAUUGCUGGUGGUCCACCAGUAAAUGCACCGAUUUUAGAUAUAAAAUGCUAAAACUCAGUACUUUUACGGAGUUGACCACCUGAGUUAAGAUAGCUGUAGUAUAUAUACAUUUUCUUUAUCAACUGCACAGAAGCCUCAACUUGUUAUUUGGCGUAACUGGAUUGGAGCAAGGUGUUGUAAGCAUGACAUUGCUUAAUGAGAUAAAGGGCAUACUAAGUGUGUGUUUUGGUGCUAUU